GUACCCUAAUUAAGCGAGCCUACCAGAAAAAUCCAACCGCUUAGAUUCUUUCCCUUCCGUAAACCUCACAUCCGAACGACACCAAGGCAACAUCACCACGACACAGUUGCCCACCAUGUCGCUCGUCUCGGGAGAGAAGUCGAACUUCCAGUUCAUCCUGCGUCUCCUCAACACCAACGUCGAUGGCAAGGAGAAGGUCAUGUACGCGAUGACGCGGAUCAAGGGCGUCGGGCGACGGUACUCGAACCUGGUCUGCAAGAAGGCGGACGUGGACCUGAACAAGCGGGCCGGCGAGCUCACGUCGGAAGAGCUCGAGCGCAUCGUGACCAUCCUCCAGAACCCGACGCAGUACAAGAUCCCCGUCUGGUUCCUCAACCGCCAGCGCGACAUCACCGACGGCAAGAACUCCCAGAUCCUCGCCAACGGCGUCGACUCCAAGCUGCGCGACGACCUCGAGCGCCUCAAGAAGAUCCGCGCCCACCGCGGCCUCCGCCACUACUGGGGCCUCCGCGUCCGCGGGCAGCACACCAAGACGACCGGCCGCCGCGGCCGCACCGUCGGUGUCUCCAAGAAGAAGGGUGGCUAAGCGAAUUCUCGGCGAGGGGGGGGGGGCACGGCAUGGUUUCGUUGGUUCAGGUCAUUCAUUGCGGAUGGACAGGCGUGAAGGCUGGACUGAAAUUACUGCAUCGACGUUUAUACUGAAUUGCUGGGAACUACCUUUUUUUUUUUCAUCUUGUCGGCUAUGGCAGGUCAUGGAUAUGCUCUGGAAGAAAAAAAAAAGAUGAACAGAGACGCAAUCGUGACCAAAGAACUCUCUUGUGCCAUCAGGGCUGCUACGAAGCGAUGACCAUGUGACUCGGCGGCGUAUACCUAGUAAGAUCAAACUGUGGCUAUCUGUAAAUCAGUGUCGUCUAUGUUUUUU